GGAGCUCUAGGCAGCUUUUCUCCUAUUGGCUGGCCAAGUUUCAUUUUUUGGGGGGAGGUGUAGUUUUUCAAGCUGCUGAGCCAGGCGGUGUGUCAGUGCCUUCUGGGAGUGAAGUAGCUGGAGUUCAGGGACCCCACCUGUAACAAUGACAGCAGAUGAGUUGGUUUUCUUUGUGAAUGGCAAGAAGGUGGUGGAGAAAAAUGCAGAUCCAGAAACAACUCUUUUGGCCUACCUGAGAAGAAAAUUGAGGCUAAGCGGGACCAAGCUGGGCUGUGGAGAAGGCGGCUGUGGGGCCUGCACCGUGAUGCUUUCCAAGUAUGAUCGUUUCCAGAACAAGAUUGUCCACUUUUCUGCCAAUGCCUGCCUGGCCCCCAUCUGCUCUUUGCAUCAUGUUGCUGUGACGACGGUGGAAGGGAUCGGAAGCACGAAGUCGAGGCUGCAUCCUGUGCAGGAGAGAAUCUCCAAAAGCCACGGCUCCCAGUGCGGGUUCUGCACGCCCGGCAUUGUCAUGAGCAUGUACACGCUGCUUCGGAACCAGCCUGAGCCCACCAUUGAGGAGAUCGAGAAUGCCUUCCAAGGAAACCUGUGCCGCUGCACGGGCUACAGACCCAUCCUUCAGGGCUUCCGGACCUUUGCCAGGGAUGGCGGGUGUUGCGGAGGAAGUCGCGACAGCCUGAACUGUUGCAUGAACCAGAAGACAGACUCCAAACAGGUCACUCUCUCGCCAUCUUUAUUCAACCCGGAGGAGUUCAUGCCCUUGGAUCCCACCCAGGAGCCCAUCUUCCCCCCGGAGUUGCUGAGGCUGAAGGAUGAUCCUCAGAAGCAGCUGCGUUUUGAAGGCGAGCGCGUGACCUGGAUCCAGGCCUCCACCCUGAAGGAGCUGUUGGACCUCAAAGCCCAGUACCCCGAGGCCAAGCUGGUGGUGGGGAACACGGAGAUCGGCAUUGAGAUGAAGUUCAAGAACAAACUGUUUCCUAUGAUCGUCUGCCCAGCCUGGAUCCCUGAGCUGAAUUCAGUGGAGCACGGACCCGAGGGUAUCUCCUUUGGAGCCUCGUGCCCCCUGAGCUCUGUGGAAAAGACACUGCGUGAAGCGGUUGACAAACUUCCUGAAUACAAAACAGAGGUGUUCAGCGGUGUCCUGGAGCAGCUCCGCUGGUUUGCUGGGAUACAGGUCAAGUCCGUGGCGUCCAUUGGAGGGAACAUCAUCACCGCCAGCCCCAUCUCUGACCUCAACCCUGUGCUCAUGGCCAGUGGAGCCAAGCUGACCAUCGUGUCCACAGGCACCAAGAGGACGGUUCGGAUGGACCACACCUUCUUCCCUGGCUACAGGAAGACCCUGCUUGCUCCGGAGGAGAUCCUGCUUUCCAUCGAGAUCCCCUACAGCAGGCAGGGUGAGUAUUUCUCAGCAUUCAAGCAAGCAUCUCGGAGAGAAGAUGAUAUUGCCAAGGUGACCUGCGGCAUGAGGGUCCUGUUCCAGCCGGGAACCGCGCAGGUGAAGGAGCUGGCCCUGUGCUAUGGCGGAAUGGCCGACAGGACCAUCUCAGCCCUCAAGACCACGCGGAAGCAGACGGCAAAUUUCUGGAAUGAGGAGCUGCUGCAGGACGUGUGUGCGGGCCUGGCGGAGGAGCUGCACCUGUCCCCUGAUGCCCCAGGUGGCAUGGUGGAGUUCCGGCGGACCCUCACCCUCAGCUUCUUCUUCAAGUUCUACCUGACCGUGCUUCAGAAACUGGGCAAAGGAAACUUGGAAAAUAACUGUGCGAAGCUGGACCCCACCGAUGCCAGUGCCACCUUACUCUUUCAGAAAGACCCUCCAGCCAACGUCCAGUUCUUCCAAGAGGUGCCAGAGGGUCAGUCUGAGGAGGACAUGGUGGGCCGGCCCCUGCCCCACCUGUCCGCGGCCAUACAGGCUUCUGGGGAGGCUGUAUACUGUGAUGACAUCCCCCGCUAUGAGAACGAGUUGUCCCUCCGCCUGGUCACCAGCACCAAGGCCCAUGCCAAGAUCAUGUCCAUAGAUAUUUCAGAAGCUCAGAAGGUGCCAGGGUUUGUCUGCUUUAUCUCUGCCGAUGAUGUUCCUGGGAGUAAUAAAACAGGAAUUUUUAAUGAUGAAAUGGUCUUUGCAAAGGAUGAGGUGACUUGUGUUGGGCAUAUCAUUGGUGCUGUGGUCACUGACACCCCAGAACAUGCACAGAGAGCCGCUCUAGGGGUGAAAAUCACCUAUGAAGAACUUCCAGCCAUUAUCACAAUUGAGGAUGCUAUAAAAAACAACUCCUUUUAUGGGUCUGAACUGAAGAUGGGGAAAGGAGACCUCACGAAGGGAUUUUCGGAAGCAGACAAUGUUGUUUCAGGCGAGGUGUACAUUGGUGGCCAAGAGCACUUCUACUUGGAGACUCACUGCACCAUCGCUGUCCCGAAAGGCGAGCAGGGGGAGAUGGAGCUUUUUGUAUCUACACAGAACACCAUGAAGACCCAGAGCUUUGUUGCAAAUAUGCUGGGGGUUCCAGCAAACCGGAUUUUGGUCCGAGUGAAGAGAAUCGGAGGAGGCUUUGGAGGGAAAGAGACACGGAGCACUGUGGUGUCCACAGCAGUGGCCCUGGCUGCAUACAAGACUGGCCGCCCUGUACGCUGCAUGCUGGAUCGCGAUGAGGACAUGCUGAUAACUGGUGGCAGACAUCCCUUCUUGGCCAAAUACAAGGUCGGCUUCAUGAAGAAUGGGAAGGUGGUGGCUUUGAAGGUUGAGCACUACAGCAAUGCAGGGAACACCAUGGAUCUCUCCCAGAGCAUAAUGGAAAGAGCCUUAUUCCACAUGGACAACUCUUACAAAAUCCCCAACAUCCUGGGCACUGGGCGGCUCUGCAAGACCAACCUGGCCUCCAACACAGCCUUCCGAGGCUUUGGGGGGCCUCAGGGGAUGCUCAUUGCUGAGUACUGGAUGAGUGAAGUCGCUCUGACCUGCGGGCUGCCGGCAGAGGAAGUGCGGAGGAAAAACCUGUAUAAGGAAGGGGACUUGACACACUUCAACCAGAAGCUUGAGGGGUUCACCUUGUCCAGGUGCUGGGAUGAAUGCCUAGCCAGCUCUCAGUAUCAUGCCCGGAGGAGCAAGAUUGACAAGUUCAAUGAGGAGAAUUGUUGGAAGAAGAGAGGAUUAUGCAUCAUUCCUACCAAGUUUGGAAUAAGCUUCACUCUUCCUUUUCUGAACCAGGCAGGAGCCCUGAUUCAUGUGUACACAGAUGGCUCUGUGCUGCUGACCCAUGGGGGCAUGGAGAUGGGCCAAGGCCUGCACACCAAGAUGGUCCAGGUGGCCAGCAGAGCUCUGAAAAUACCCACCUCUAAGAUUUAUAUCAGCGAGACGAGCACUAACACCGUGCCAAACACCUCUCCCACGGCUGCCUCCGUCAGCGCUGACAUCAACGGACAGGCUGUCUAUGAAGCUUGUCAGACCAUCCUGAAAAGGCUGGAACCCUUCAAGAAAAAGAAUCCUACUGGCACCUGGGAAGACUGGGUCUUAGCUGCCUACAUUGACGCAGUGAGCUUGUCUGCAACCGGGUUUUAUAAGACACCCAACCUUGGCUACAGCUUUGAGACGAACUCAGGGAACCCCUUCCACUACUUCUCCUACGGGGUGGCUUGCUCUGAAGUGGAAAUCGACUGCUUAACAGGGGAUCACAAAAACCUCCGCACCGACAUUGUCAUGGAUGUCGGUUCCAGUCUGAACCCCGCCAUUGAUAUUGGACAGGUGGAAGGGGCCUUUGUGCAGGGCCUUGGCCUUUUCACCCUGGAGGAGCUGCACUACUCCCCAGAGGGGAGCCUGCACACCCGUGGCCCCAGCACCUACAAGAUCCCUGCAUUUGGCAGCAUCCCCACUGAGUUCAGGGUGUCCCUGCUCCGUGACUGUCCCAACAAGAAGGCCAUCUAUGCGUCCAAGGCCGUCGGGGAGCCGCCCCUCUUUCUGGCAGCCUCUAUCUUCUUUGCCAUCAAAGACGCCAUCAGUGCAGCUCGAGCUAGGAACCCAGAUUGUAAGAUGGAGAAGCUUUUCCGGCUCGACAGCCCUGCCACCCCAGAGAAGAUCCGCAAUGCCUGUGUGGACAAGUUCACCACUCUGUGUGUCACUGGCGUACCAGAAAACUGCAAGCCCUGGUCUGUGAGGGUCUGAAGAGAAAGCCCCCAGCAGAGCCGCCCUUCGUAACCCCUGAGCUUCCGUGGAGUGUGGGACG